CAAACAUGCAGAGCGUAUUUACACCGCAAUGCUUGCUGGACCUUCUCCGUCAGCAUGCUUCAAAUGGACCAUGGUCCUUGGAUCGAUCAAUCUGAUGGGAGGAGGGGGCAUUGGGGGGGCUCUGUAUCAGAAGUCGUUUGAGCACAUUAGGAAUGCCUGCUAGAACUUGAAGCCAGACCUUCCUUGCACGACGCUUGCAUUAAUCAGCAAAUUGAACUUUUGGUGAAUUGAGCUCCUCAUCAAGCAGAUUCAAAUGGCCUCAACCAUGCACAUUGUAGCAGCGAGGCUGCCCGCUUCGACCAACUGCCCACAUUGCACCACACAGGGUCAACUCCAAGAGCCGCAAAGUACACUCAUUGGUACAAGCUUUCUACCUGGAUUUCCAAGAUGGUCACCAACAGCAACUUCAAGGAAUUGGAUCAACAAACAACGACGUGGGGCAGCGACAGCCAAGGCAGAAGCAGGCGAGCAUGUAUCUCGGAGAAGAGCCCUGCAGACUGCCCUUUUGACCAGCGUCAGUGCCUUGGUCCCAGCGCUGACUGAGGCUCAACCGAGCACAGCCGCUUCAGACGACCCGCGCCAGCAACUUCUGGACGCGAUCGCUGCCAAGAAGGGCGUUCAAGAAGCGAUCGAUCGCAUUGCAGAGAUCAACCCAACUCCAAAGCCCAACAAGUCGGACAAGGUUGACGGCAAGUGGAAGCUGUUGUGGAGCUCGGACGUCGCUGAGGUCAGCAAGGUGACAAGGUUUCUACCGAUCGGCGCCGAAAGCUUCCAGCUAAUCGGUCCGGGCGGUGGUAUCGGGAAGGGCCGCGCCCAGAAUAUUGUAUCGAUUGGGGGCGGAGCGGUGCAGCUGAAGCUGACGUCAGCAUGCGUCCCUGACGAGAAGAACGACAAGGACUUCGUCGUCGGGCCGCCAUUCAAACUGGAGCUGUUCCUGGGCUCGAAGGCGCUGCCAAUCUCUGAAGUAAAAGACACAAAUAGUGAAAGAACGCCGAUUCUAGGCAACGAGUUGAACUACUUUGAGCAGGUUUACCUCGAGGACUCAGGGAAGCCCGGAGAUCUGCGCGUUAGCAGAGUGCUGAUUGGAGACGACCGGGUUGUGGGCAGUAUCUUUGUACAUGAGCGGGUGUAGUGCGUGCCGUUUUAUCAGAGAUUAAUAUUCAUCGUGCAACGAUUCAGUCAGAUUGUUUAAGGCUAUGGCCGGAGGUCGUUUGCGUUGCCUGCUUGCGUGGUUACAUAGAUCGAACAUGCAUGGAUUGCUAAGUGUAGAUGCAACAUUGUGAUGCGUCAAGAAUCCCGAUCAUUUUCAGCGGAGAAGAUUCUCAAACGUC